AUGUCCAAAUCAUCAGACACACCAUCACCUGAUCCACAAUACGAGAUAAUUCAAGAAAGUAGUGAUGAACAAGAGAUUGAAGACUUAUGUCUGUUGACGACUGCAGACAAUACAAACAAUGAAAGUGAAACAAACACAAGAAGUCGGUCCACAAGAAAUACUAAGAAGAGCCGCAAGAAGACUGCAUCAAAACAAAUGCAUUGCAGUGUUUGUCAACCGAAACGAUACUUUAAAAAGAAAUCACUCUUAGAGUUACACAAACAGGUGAUCCACUCGACAGAUGAGCCCAUUAUAUGUCUUUGGUGUGCAAAAUACUUCUUCACUCAAAACCAAUUACAAGUCCAUCAAAAGUUAUAUUCACACGACAGACCUCUUAAUUAA